AUGGCUUCCGAGACCGAGUCAACCCUGACUCCUCCUUCUGACCCCAGUCUCGUUGACGAUGGGCCGAGUUUCCGUGAAGCAUAUCCAGAAUACAGCAAAACAUGGCGUCUAGACAUUCUUCGAUUCAAACAAUAUGCGUACUUGGAUACUGACAGCCAUAUAUACGUCGACUACACAGGCGCCGGCCUUGCAGCCAAAGCUCAAUACGCUGCCCACGCACACCGACUGUCCGAAUCCGUCUUUGGAAACCCUCACUCCUCGAACCCGACAAGCCUGUCCUCGACCGAACAAAUAGAAGCUACCCGAGUGCGAGUCUUGAGGUACUUUCAUGCCGAUCCAGCAGAGUAUGCCGUAAUAUUCACGGCCAAUGCCACAGCAGCAGCCCGCCUCGUGGGGGAGGCCUAUCCUUUUACGCGCAGUUCCAAGCUCCUGCUCACCUCUGACAACCAUAACUCCAUAGUAGGCAUACGUGAAUUUGCUCGAAGAUGCCGAGCCAAAGCCGUGUACAUACCGAUGGCUGGCUCCGAGUUGCGCAUCGAGACUGAUACGGUGAUCCAAGCCUUGAAAGAGCAGAGACCGGGCCCUUUCAUGACUGCCAAGUCGCUCUUUGCGUAUCCUGCUCAGAGUAAUUUUAGUGGUGUGCGGCACUCGCUGCAUUGGAUCUCGCAAGCAUCAAGCCAGAUUUUGUCACUGUAA